GCUCUUCUCUUCUUGCGUGCUUUACCGGCGCCGUGACAGCUGGCCCAGACAAUACCAAUGAUUCAUGGCAAUGAAAGAACAAAACGCAAAAAAAUAAAAAUAAAAAUUGCGAAUUAGAAUCCGCCAUGGCAAAUGGCUUAGCUUCUUCUUACACCUCUCUCUCUCAGCAGAAGGGCAUUUACACUCUCUCCACCACCGCAUUGCUCCUUCUCUUCCUCUUCAGCUUGUUCUAUUUCAGCAGCCUAUCUCUCGAGCCCAAACUCACUUUCUACAGAGAUAUCUUCUCAGAAUUCCGCGUCGCCACCACUCCCCUUACCAUUCCAACACCCAUAGACGCUCAAUUUAAGGACCCGCGCAAUGAAUCAAACCCGACGCCUAAACCCGUCGUCUCGAUCCCAGAUUUCGAGGUAAUCGAUGAACAACCGACGCCCAAUUUCCCAAUCGUCGUGGGGGGCGAAGCGGCUGAUUCCAAUGUCACUGAGGAGGCGAGUGUUGUUGUGACGGCCGUGCCGUCGAGCAAUGCCGCUAAGGAGGAGAGUCGUUGGGCUGAUAGAGCUCAAGGGUGUGAUUUCUAUAAAGGGAGUUGGGUGAAUGAUGAGGACCACCACCCUAUUUAUAGUCCUGGGUCUUGCCCCUACGUGGAUGAAGCCUUUGAUUGUCAGCGCAAUGGCAGGCCUGACUCUCAGUAUCUCAAUUGGAAAUGGAAACCUGAUGGCUGUGAUCUUCCAAGGUUUAAUGCAACUGACUUUUUGGUGAGAUUGAAAGGGAAAAGGCUGAUGCUUGUUGGGGAUUCCAUGAACCGGAACCAGUUUGAGUCACUGCUCUGCGUUCUUCGUGAAGGACUGGUCAAUAAGAGUAAAAUGUAUGAGAUACAUGGAUAUAAAAUAACAAAGGGAAGAGGCUACUAUGUUUUCAAAUUUGAGGAUUUUAACUGUACAGUGGAAUUUGUGCGAUCACAUUUUCUUGUCAAAGAGGGAGUGCGCAUCAAUGCACGUGGUAGCUCAAAUCCAACUUUAUCAAUAGAUCGCAUUGAUAAAACAGCUCCUCGUUGGAAGCGUGCUGACAUUCUCGUUUUCAAUACUGGACAUUGGUGGACCCACGGAAAGACAGCGAGGGGGAAAAAUUACUAUAAGGAGGGCGAGUAUAUUUACCCCAAAUUUGAUGCAGUUGAAGCUUAUAGAAGAGCCUUGAAGACCUGGGCAAGUUGGAUCGAUGAACAUCUGAAACAGAAAAAGUUGGUUUUCUAUCGAGGGUACUCAUCUGCUCAUUUCAGAGGUGGAGAGUGGGAUUCUGGUGGAACCUGUAAUGGUGAGAGUAAACCGGUUUUGAGUGGAGCCAUCCUUGAUAACUAUCCUUUGAAAAUGAAGAUAGUGGAAGAAGUGAUCAAAGAAAUGCAGACACCCGUUGUGCUACUAAAUGUGACAAGUUUGACCAAUUUCCGGAAGGAUGGCCACCCAUCUGUAUACGGGAAAAUGGUGACCGACGGGAAAAAGGUUUCCACCAAACGGCAAGAUUGCAGCCAUUGGUGUCUCCCGGGAGUCCCUGAUGCUUGGAAUGAGCUAAUCUACGCCACUUUGGUCUUGAAACAAACCUCUUCAAUCAAUGAACAUUAACAAGGUUUGUUUAGUUCAUGGAUUGGGUGGGAAUAGGACUAGCAACAAGCCUUUCUAAUCCCAUAUUUACUUUAUUUUUAACUCAUCCAAAUACUCAGUACGAGGAUUGCUAUACUUGUUUAGGGGACGGGAUGGGGUUAACAAUCUUUCCUUAGUGAAGAGAUCGAUGAUGUCUUCACAUUAACGAAAGGGAUUGUUAAUCCUCUAGUAAGAGUUCUGGCCUUGCUCUUUCAAUAUGAGAAGUCCCAUUUGUAAUUUUUUCAUUGACUGAUUAUUUUUGGUUAUGUUGAUUUACUUAGCUUUUCGCUUUAGGAUCGUUGUUGUAAAUUUUAUGUAUCUUUUGUAGGAUUUAGUAAGCCCUGAUUGCUAAACUCUACUGUGUUCAUCACUUGAUCCUAUGCUUGAUGAAAAUUCUGUUUUAUGU